AUGACAAUAAAUCUGUCUGAUUGCUUUAGUGGUGGUGGUGGUGUUAGAGGUGAAAGUAGCAGUGUUAUUUUUAAAAGUGGUGGUUGUAGUGGUGGUAACUGUGGUAAUAAUAAUAAUAAUAAUAAUAAUGAUAAUAACAUUCUACCAAUAAUAAAUGAUGGAUAUUUUUAUUCAAGCAUCGAUGAUUCAAUUGAACAAAAUGGGCCAACAGUUGAAAUGUUGGAGCAUCUCUCAGAUUUUGUCAAUAUAAAAUCAAUAACGGUACCGACUUUGUAUAAGAAUGAUGACUAUUAUUCUCUUUUGUCAAAAAAAGAUAAUGCUGCUCUUGGUGUCAUAGGUAGUUAUGAACUCUUUAAUGAUCUAAGCUUAUUAAAAUUAUUAAUAAAGAAUAGAUUAUCAAUUAUUCUAUUUAAUGUUACAAAAUAUGAAUUAGAAACACUAUGUAAACUUGUAGAUGACGUUGGUUGUUUUGCUAGUGUUAAUGGUCAUGUUAUGAAUGAUAGUAUAUUGUUUUGUUGGAUACCAAUGACUUUUACGACAACUACAACAACAACAAAUAAAGAUGAUGUUGUACAACAACAACAACAACGACAAGCACAUAAGAUUAUAAGUUGGAGCUCAUCAACAACAAUGAAUGGCAAUGAUAAUAUAGACUAUAGACAACCUAUGUAUAUAUUGGCUGAGAAAUUAAAGUUGCAAGAUACUCCGAUACAAUCACUUGUACCACCAUCAAACGUACCUUUUAUUUACUUUGAAGUAAUAGAUUUAGAUCAAUUCAUAGUAUCCUAUCAAACAAUAGAACAAACAUUCUCGCAUACCAUUAACAGUCAUUAUUAUAUAUAUGAUGAUAUUAAUGCCGAUCAAAUAUAUUUACUAUUAAUUCAAAAUACCUAUGCAUAUCCUGAUAUUAUAGGAAUAGUUAAUCCUGUUAGUGCAAUCGGUUUCUUCCAAUCGUCUUUUGAAUUGCAAAACUUGAUUACCUAUAAUGGCGGUAGUUCAGUGCCACCACUACAAGCGAGACUGGUGAAUAGUGCACCGUCACCAGUCGACCAAAAUCAGAAUUACACUACGAUGUAUGAUGUGUAUGGAACUGUUGCUUUGAGCGAUGGAUGGAGUGCAAAUAGCAGUAGAUUCCAAUCGACCAUUCAAAACUGGGCUAUCACCGAAGCCUCGAACACUGCGACACUCUCGCCAGGCUGGGUAUUCCAUCAGCAGCAGCCAUACGAUGCAUGGGCAUCCGGUUACAACGAGUUCGCGCAGUGGUACGCCGAUGCCUACUACCAAGGCGAGGUUCGAUAUCCACCGCAACUCUCUAUGAGUACACUACAGAUGACCACCGUUAGUGAGUGGUGUUUCGAUAAAUCGCUAAUCAAUCAAACCAACAACCAACUUCAGAUUGAAAUCCAACAUGUCGUACAACACGCUGCUAUACUCGUUGCCAACCCGGGUUUCAUUGAUUCUCAUCAUAAAUUGCUAACAGUAAGACAGAGUGGAUUGUUCAAAGAGGAUUACAAACAACAGAUCCUAUUUGAAUUGCCUGAUAUUCAUAAACCUGAAUAUCCACCUAUUCAAAAACAACAGAUAGAUACAAAAGAUAAACUAUUCAAUAGAUUAGAAUCAUUGAAACUCUCUGGUAAUCAAUACUUUGCCAAAGAUCACAAUGAAUUUGCCGACUCCUAUUAUUACUUAGCACUACAAUUAGCCGAUAGAUAUAUCAAUCCGAAAAAAGACGACGAUAGUAACAACAACAAUGAUAGUGAUGAAAAGGUGGAAUUCGAAUUAACAUUGAAUCAAAGUGAAAUGGAGAGAUUGCGGAAACUGGCAUCUGUGGUAGCAGCCAAUCUUUCGCUGUCAAUGUCGAAACAACAUCGCGUCGAAAAAUCAUUGGAAUAUGCAAGACAAUCGAUUGGCUAUGAUGUCAGUAAUGCAAAGGGCUACUAUCGUGCCGGCUACUCGUUGGUGCGGCUCGGUGACAACGAUGGCGCGGAACGGAUGUUCAGAGAAGGUUUACAACACUCGAACGACGUCAACAAGCUGCGGCCACUCUUUGAGAAGGAGUUGCAGAUGAUCGAAGACCGACAUCUUCUCUUUGACGUCAAUCGUGAGCAUACGCUACGACGUAUCGAUGGUGAUCAGCAAUACGAUGAAUUCCCGGUUGCUCUGACAUGGGACGACUCGAUGGGUCGUAAGAUCAUCGCGUCACGUGACAUCGCCAAAGGUGAACUACUCCUACGUGUUGCUCCCUACGGUGCAGCACUAGUUGACGAUACACUAUUAACUCAUUGUACAUCUUGUUUCAGAAAUAUAAGUUAUUAUAAACAUCAUCUAUGUCAGAAAUGUAAACAAUGUAUAUUAUGUGAGGAGUGUAAUAGCGAUGUGGAUUUGGUGAAUGAACACAAUGAGGAAUGCGAUAUAUUGGUGUUUCUAAAGCAGAAUGUUCCGGGUGCCGAUACUAGGGAUUUUAGAUUUAUGGUGCGUGUUAUGCUCAAGUCGAUUGCUAUUCUCAAUGGGAAGCUGUCGAAAGAACAAUCGCCAAAGUGUUGGUCAAAGAAUGGUGUACCAUUUAUCUUUGAUAGCUACGAUGAUCUCACUCACCUGACUACCGAUACGUCGAACAUCGACAGGAAACAGAUGGAGUCAUUCGAGACUGCUACUCAAUCGAUUAUCAAUGUUUUCAAGCUGGCGAAGGGACCGAAAUCACUGGAACCUCUCACCAACCAACAGAUCCUCGAUCUCUAUCCAAAGAUGCUGUUCAACGCACACGAAUACAUCGAUCCUCUCUACCACUCCGAGGUGGCGCGUGGAAUCUACCCAACGGCCGCGUAUCUCAAUCAUUCGUGCGAACCAAACACCGUCUGGCACAACGAUAACAACGGUAUGAUAGCAUACCGUAGUAUCCGUGAUAUUAAAGCGGGUGAAGAGAUAACGACAACCUACAUCGAUAUCACCAAAUACAAAUCGACGAGACAGCUCAAUCUUCUCUCGCAAUACGCUUUUCUUUGUCAGUGCGCGCGUUGUCAGGAUCGCGCCACCGGCUUCAAGUGUCUGGACUGCGAAGAGGCGCUCGAGGAAAGCGACCUGCGAAUCAUCGAACCCGAUCCAAAGGAGUUGUUCGACGGACAAAUUUUCCUCUGUAAAAACGGUCACUCGCAUAUCGCAACGAUCUACUCGAUUCUCGAGACUUCGGCGAUUGCCGAUCCACCGUUCCUGAACUUGAUGGAUCAGUUCUACAGUUGUUUCGAUAGGAACAGUCUUGCCUAUCUGCCGCUGUGGAAAGCAUCGUCCUAUAUCUAUCUGAAAUCAGAGAACUACAAAGAGGUGAUCAAUUCAAUGCUGAGACUGUGGAAGCACUACGACUAUUGUUUUAAUAACCCACGUGAGCAGAUCUCCUAUGCAUUCGUCAACGAUUGUCAGACACUCUUCAAAGCCUACGAAUGUCUGAACGAUCGAAACGGUAUGAUCAAAACCAAACAAAUCAUCAAAGAUAUCUUGGAAUCACUGAUCGGUCUUUCAAAGCAUCAUUGUAAACCUGAAUUUGAAGAUAUUUAUUUAAUAAAAGAUUAA